AUGGGUGAAGUACGCCACGUGGGAGAUGAGCCAGAAGGACUUCGCGCGCGCGCGAUCCGUGUGGGAGCGCGCGCUGGAGGUGGACUACAGGUGAGUGUGACUAAAGAUGGGUGGGACUAUAGGUGGAACACGAGCGUAUGGGUUAAAUACGCCACGUGGGAGAUGAGCCAGAAGGAUUUCGCGCGCGCGCGAUUCGUGUGGGAGCGAGCACUGGAGGUGGAUUAUAGAAACGUGUCCGUAUGGCUCAAGUACGCGGACAUGGAGAUGCGCAACCGCUUUGUCAACCAUGCGCGGAACGUGUGGGACCGCGCGGUGUCGCUGCUGCCGCGCAUCGACCAACUCUGGUACAAGUACAUACACAUGGAGGAGAUGCUGGGGAACGUGGCAGGGGCGAGGCAGGUGUUGGAGCGAUGGAUGAAGUGGGAACCCGACCACCACGGCUGGUCCGCCUACAUCAAAUUCCGAUACGGCGAGAUUGCACGCGCCCGGGCCGUGUUCGAGCGCUACACCAUGUGCAUUCCCACGGUGAAAGCGUGGAUCCGUUUCGCAAAAUUCGAGGUGAAGCAAGGGGAGAUUUCGCGCGCCCGGGAGGUGUACGAGCGGGCAGUUGAAAUUCUCGGCGAGGACGGGCAGAACGAGGAACUUUUCGUCGCGUUUGCCGAGUUCGAGGAGCGGAUAUGCAAAGAGAUCGAGCGGGCCAGGGCGAUUUACAAAUACGCCCUCGACCACGUUCCGAAAGCCGAGGCCGAAUCCCUGUAUAAAAAAUUCGUGGUUUUCGAGAAGCAGCAUGGGGACCGGGCAGGGAUAGAGGAUGUGGUGGUGGGGAAGAGGCGGUUUGAGUAUGAGGAGGAGUUGAAGAGGAAUCCGCGGAACUACGACGCGUGGUUUGACUAUGUGCGGUUGGAGGAGAGCGUGGGGGAGGCGGAGCGCGUGCGGGAGGUGAUCAACUACGCUCUGUACGAGGAGCUGGAGGCGGGGGACAUGGAGAGGACGCGGGAGGUGAUCAACUAUGCCCUAUACGAAGAACUCGAAGCGGGGGACAUGGAGAGGACGAGGGAGGUGUACCGGGAGUGCCUGAAGCUGAUCCCACAUGGCAAGUUCUCAUUCGCCAAGAUCUGGCUGCUCGCCGCUCAGUUUGAGAUCCGCCAGAAGCGCCUCUCUGCCGCCCGGCAGAUCCUGGGGCAUGCCAUUGGAGUGGCUCCUAAAGAUAAGAUAUUCAAGGCAUACAUUGAGAUGGAGCUACAGCUAGGCAACAUCGACCGCUGUCGCAUGCUGUACGAGAAGUACCUCCAAUGGCAGCCCGCCAGCUGUCCCGCGUGGGCCAAGUUCGCAGAGCUGGAGCGCAGCCUGGGCGAAACUGAGCGGGCAAGGGCAGUGUAUGAACUGGCUAUCGGGCAGCCGCUGCUGGACACACCUGAGCUGCUGUGGAAGGCGUACAUUGACUUUGAGAUCGCGGAGGGUGAGAGCGAACGCACGAGGCAGCUGUACGAGCGGCUGCUGGAGCGAACCAAGCAUGUCAAGGUGUGGAUGAGCUACGGGCAGUUUGAGGCGCGGGUGGCAGUGGAGGAGGAGAUUAAGGCGGAGGAGGAGGGCAGAGAGGCGGACGAGCUGGUCCUGGCAGAGCAGUCCAAGGACCGGGUCACCAGGGCCAGAGAGGUGUAUGAGCGGGCGUUUGAGCACAUGAGGACAAACGCCGCCGACCAGAAGGAGGAGCGGGUGAUGCUGCUGGAGGCGUGGCGAGAGAUGGAGCGGGCGGCGGGCGUGAACGGCGACCCGGGAUUGGUCGAGAAGAAGAUGCCGCGACGCGUGAAGCGGAAACGGCCAAUCACGACGGAGGAUGGCACUCCUGCUGGGUUCGAGGAGUAUUACGACUACAUCUUUCCUGAUGAAGCGGCUAACCAACCUAAUCUCAAGAUCUUGGAGGCUGCUUAUAAGUGGAAGAGGCAAAAGCUCACUAUGGGGGAUGAGGAGGAAGGUCAGCAGGGAGGUGGAGCAGAGAGGGAUGAAGGGGGAAGUGGAGGUUUGAUAGACAAUAAGGAAGAGGAUGACUAG